UUCCCUUAACUUCAAGUGUUAUAACUUGCCUUUUAAGCACUCCUUUCCCUUUCAUUUUUUCUCUUUCAUCUUCAUCCCCUUCAACACCAACUUUCUCUCACUUAUUUCUCUCUCUAAAACCCCACCUCCACACCUUGAGCAUGCCUGAAUGUCCAGAGAAAGGGAGAGAUUUGAUGAGAUAGGCAAGAAGAUCAGGAGAGAGAGCGAUGCGUUCGCAAUAAUAGGCGGCGGCGGUGGUGGUAGUGGUGGCGCUGGUGGAGGAAGAGGAGGAGGAAGGAGGCAUAUUCAGUUAGGUCCUCCAGGAACAACCUUAAACACUAUUACUCCUUGUGCGGCUUGUAAGCUCUUGAGGAGAAGAUGUGCUCAAGAAUGUCCCUUUUCACCUUAUUUCUCACCUCAUGAACCACAGAAAUUUGCCUCGGUUCAUAAAGUUUUUGGUGCUAGCAAUGUUUCAAAGUUGCUUAUGGAAGUGCCAGAAACUCAAAGAGCUGAUGCUGCCAACAGUCUGGUGUAUGAAGCAAAUGUGAGGCUUAGAGAUCCAGUUUAUGGUUGCAUGGGUGCAAUUUCAGCAUUACAACAACAAGUUCAAGUUUUACAAGCAGAACUUAAUGCAGUAAGAGCUGAGAUACUAAAAUACAAGUACAGAGAAGCUAAUCAUAUUUCCAACACUAUUAGCACUAACAAUUCAUCAUCACCUGCAUCUCAUAAUCUUGCUUACUUUUCUUCCGGUGCCGCCGUCUCGAUAGCCGUGCCACCACCACUAACUCAAUCAAUUUCAGCGCCUUCACCACCGCCUCCGCCGCCACCGGCACCUCCUUUUCAUAAUCUUCCCCCUAACUCUUCACUUUCUUCUUCCAUGUAUACACAACCGUCGUCUGCUUCUCCUGAUCAUGAUCAUUAUUGCUCCAUUUCUAAUGAAAACAUCUCCUAUUUUGGUUAAUCAAGCAUAGAUAUUAAGGUAACCAAAGUUUAUAACCAAACUAUUAAUUGUUUCUUCUUUAUGAAUCACAAGGUAAUAAGAUGAGGAUUACAAUAUCCAGAUUCUAGCUAUAAGUUUCUUCAUUUUUAAUUGAAGCAUUAACUGUCUAUGUAGAGUGGAAAUGAUGAUGUAAAAAGAUCUCAGUAAAAUUAUUCUUCUUCAUAGAUAUUUAUGGUUGAGGAACAAUUAUUUCUUCGCAUAAUUUGUAUGUCAGACAUUGAUAUAUAUAUACAUAAAUUUGAUUUAA